AUGUUGUUCCAACAGAGCUUGGGCCUGCUUCGCAUGGCGUCUGCCCGUAGCACGUUCCUCUCUUCACCUGCGCGAACGCAGCUUUCGCCGGCGUAUGGGGUCAUCUCGCGGCUGCUGAGCACUGAGGCACGCGCGAAGAUCGACGGCGCUGUCAAGGAGAACCCGCUGGUCGUGUUUAUGAAGGGCACCCCGGACAUGCCCAUGUGCGGCUUCAGCCGUGCUGUCAUCCAGGUCAUGCAGGUCCAGGGCGUCAAGCCGGAGCUCCUCAAGACGUUCAACUGCCUCGAGGACCAGGAGCUGAGGGAGGGCAUCAAGGAGUACUCCGACUGGCCCACUAUCCCUCAGGUUUACGUCGACGGCGAGUUUGUCGGCGGCUGCGAUAUCGUUAUUAACAUGCACCAGUCCGGAGAGCUUGAAGAACUCCUUCUCAAGCACAAUCUCCUUCUGCCGCUCGAGGAGAACAAGGCUGUUCCUUAA